ACUUCCGGUAAUUUUUUUAAUGUAGAAAACACAGGUACCGGUAUAUCAUCUAAUUCUAAAUGGUUAUAUCACAGAGUAUCAUAUGGCCUAAUGUUUCCUAAAAAUUACUUGUGCUGAGACUAAAUUAAAUUGAAACAGCGAAUCUGGUUCCAGGCAGCUUUACACAUCUCCUGUAAACAUGGACGUCAAGCAGAUACUGUACAGUUGGUGUGGAAAAAACAAGACAGGCACUCCGGAGUAUGAAUUCUCAUCAAGUGGCCCAAAGCACAGACAAAGGUUUAAGUGUGAGGUCCGUGUGCAAUCAUUUGACUAUGUUGGGGUGGGUAACUCUACCAACAAAAAAGACUCAAUGGCAAAUGCUGCAAGAGACUUUAUUCAAUACCUGGUCAGGAUAGGUCGUAUGAGUGCAGAUGAAAUUCCUGCUAAUUUGUUGUCAAAUAGCAUAGCUGAACAACAACAGGAGAAAGUUGCUGUUGAGGCUAGCAGUGGCAUCUUACCAGGCGGUACUCUGGCACCACAUCUUCAAAUAGAUGCUGGCUCUGCUGAACCACCUAGGGAUUAUCCUGCUUACCAAAGAGGUCCACCACAAGCUUAUAUGGACAGGAUUGCAGAGAAAAGAUCUUUAGAAGAGUCCGAGGACUGUGACUUUAAUGCUGAAAUACAUGGCAACUGGACCAUGGAAAAUGCUAAAUCAAGACUGCACCAGUUUCUCCAAAUGAACAAAAUUAAAACUGACUACAAAUACCAUAUCAUGGGUCCAGAUCACAAUAGGAGCUUUGCAGCAGAAAUGUCCUUUUAUGUCAAGAAAAUUGGCCACAACAUUCACGCCAGAGAGACAGGAUCCAAUAAACAAGUCGCGUCCAAAUCCUGCGCUCUGUCCUUAGUUCGCCAGCUGUACCACAUGAAGGUUAUUGAAUCCAACACUGGCCAGAAAAAGAAAAAAGGGAAUGAAAAACUGCCAUCUUAUCCUGUUGCCAUAAGUGAGGAAAUAGAACAGAAAAUUGACCAGUGUUUACAGGUUUGGGGAGCGUCCCCUGUUACUGACUUUACUUUAAAGCAACAGGGUGGGGAAGAGGAUGGUCAGCCACAAGUUUCACUCAUCAACCACCCGUCUCUGGAGGAGUUUGAACCCGCGCCUCCUAAGAGAACCCCUGGCGUGGUGUCCUGGUCACCUCCGGUACCAAACUGGAACCCAUGGUUAAACUGUAAUAUUGAUGACGGCCCUCUUGCUACGGCAUCCCUGGAUGAAAUCAGCGUUGACCUGAAAACAAGUCUACAGAGCCAGUAUGCUGAGGAUCAAAACCUGACACAGAUGCUGGAACGUCGCGCUCAGCUGCCCGUACACUCAUGCUGUGAACAGAUUUUACGGGAGGUCAACCGUAACGCAGUGACCUUGAUCAGAGGUGAAACAGGAUGUGGUAAAACGACACAGGUCCCACAGUUUAUAUUAGACCAAAUGAUAAAUUCAGGAAGGGGAGGCUACUGUGGAAUUGUUAUCACACAGCCUCGUCGAAUCAGCGCAGUGUCUAUUGCCGAACGUGUAGCUAUUGAGAGGUCAGAACCCCUUGGUACAUCUGUUGGGUACAGUGUACGUUUUGAAUCAGUCAUGCCGAGGCCCUAUGGGAGCAUUCUCUACUGUACAGUGGGUACCUUACUGAGGAGACUGGAAGGUGGACUGAGGGGCGUGUCUCAUGUUAUUGUUGAUGAGAUCCAUGAAAGGGACAUCAAUACUGAUUUCCUACUGGUUCUACUGAGGGACAUGGUGCGCACCUACAAAGAGCUGCGAGUCAUCCUCAUGUCCGCAACUGUUGACACCACUCUCUUCACUGAAUAUUUUGGAGAGGUUUCCAUUGUGGAGGUCUACGGCAGGACUUUCCCUGUGCAAGAGUAUUACCUAGAAGACAUCAUUGAGAUGCUCAACUUUGUGCCAGUGCCCAAUGAUAGAAGAAAGAAAAAGGAGCAGGAUGAUGAUGCUGAUGACGGGGGAGAUGGAGAUGAAGAAAACUGUAACAAGAUCAUAGCACCAGGCUACUCAGAGUCCACCAAAAUCGCUAUGUCUCUACUGCCAGAGAAGGAGAUUCCAUUUGAACUAGUUGAGGCCUUGCUUCGGUACAUCAAAGGGCUGGGCGUACCUGGAGCAGUCUUGUUCUUUCUACCAGGCUGGAACCUCAUCUUCAUGCUCCAGAAACAUCUAGAACAAAGCCCAGAAUUUGGAAGCUCCAGAUAUAGAAUUCUGCCAUUACAUUCUUCAAUUCCCAGAGAAGGUCAGAGGCGUGUGUUUGAUCCUGUACCUGAGGGUGUUACCAAGAUCAUCUUGUCAACAAACAUUGCUGAGACCAGUGUGACCAUUGAUGAUGUUGUCUAUGUCAUUGACUCUUGCAAAGUAAAGAUGAAGUUGUUCACAUCACACAACAACAUGACCAACUAUGCCACUGUCUGGGCCAGCAAAACUAACCUUGAACAAAGAAGAGGGCGUGCAGGUCGUGUUAGGGCAGGAUUCUCCUUUCACCUGUGUAGCAAAGCCAGGUUUGAAAGGCUGGAGCAACAUUCCACCCCAGAGAUAUUCAGAACACCUUUACAUGAGCUAGCCCUGUCCAUCAAGCUGUUGAGACUUGGUCCUAUUGGUUUGUUUCUGGCUAAAGCUGUGGAACCUCCACCUAUAGAUGCUGUCAUUGAGGCUGAAGUCAUGCUAAAGGGAAUGAGAGCUCUGGAUUCAAAUGAUGAGUUAACUCCCCUGGGAAAAAUACUGGCCAAGAUGCCUAUUGAACCCAGAUUGGGAAAAAUGAUUAUUUAUGGAUGUAUUUUUUAUGUGGGUGACGCCAUGUGCACUAUAGCAGCCAGCACCACAUUCCCUGAACCUUUCAUUGUGCCCACGGACCGCAGGAGGCUGGGCUGGGUACAUAAAAACAUGGCUGGGAGCAGGGCCAGUGACCACGUCGCUUUACUUAAUGCCUUCCAAAUGUGGGAGGAAGCAAGAUCUGGAGGAGAAAAUUCUGAAAUUAGUUUUUGUGAGCACAAAUCUCUCAACAUGCAGACUCUGCGCAUGACAUGGGAGGCAAAGAACCAGCUGAGGGAUAUCCUCAUCAAUGCAGGUUUCCCAGAGGAAAGUCUCCUGCCACAGGGCUUCAACGUCACAGGCCCAGACAACAGAUUGGAUAUUGCUAUCACACUACUGUGUAUUGGGCUGUACCCCAAUGUGUGUUUCCAUAAAGAGAAGCGCAAAGUCUUAACCCAGGAGUUUAAGUCAGCCCUGGUCCACAAGUCCUCUGUUAACUGCAGUAACUUCGCCAUAGAAUUCCCGUCCCCAUUUUUUAUCUUUGGGGAGAAGAUACGCACCCGCGCUGUGUCGUGCAAGCAGAUGACCAAUGUUUCACCUGUACAGCUGCUGUUGUUUGGUGCAAGACAGGUGGCCAAACAGGAAGAGGAGAUCAUUCUGGACAAUUGGAUUAGCUUGAAAAUGGAUGCUCUCCAAGCUGCAAAGAUUGUGGCCCUGAGACCACCCCUAGAGGCUCUGAUAAUCCGAGCCACCAAAGAGCCCGAGCAGAUCGCUGCCCCUGGGCCCCAAGAAGAAAGUUUGAUGGCUCUGAUCAGGGCUCUGUCCCGGCCCCAAGCUGGGAAAUUUGGGCUCUCUCAAGACAGUGGCAGUUUGAACAGAGGUGGCCCUCCUGCUAAAAUGGCUCGUUUAGAUUCAGGGGGUUAUUCAGGAGGUUUCCGUGGAAGGGGUGGGUACGGAGGAUCUAGUGGAGGGUUAGGAUAUAGAGGGGGAUAUGGAGGCUCUGGGAGGGCUGGGAGAUUUGGGGAUAGAGGAGCAAGUUUUGGGGACAGGGGUGCUGGGUUUGGAGACAGGGGUACAGGCUUUGGAGACAGAGGUGCAGGGUUUGGUGAUAGAGGUGCAGGGUUUGGAGACAGGGGUGCAGGGUUUGGUGAGAGAGGUGCAGGGUUUGGAGACAGGGGUGCAGGGUUUGGUGAGAGAGGUGCAGGGUUUGGAGACAGGGGUGCAGGGUUUGGUGAGAGAGGUGCAGGUUUUGGAGAAAGGGGUGCAGGGUUUGGUGAUAGGGGUGCAGGGUUUAGUGAGAGAGGUGCAGGGUUUGGUGAGAGAGGUGCAGGGUUUGGUGAGAGGGGAUCAGGAUUUGGUAACAGGGGUGGGGGGUUUAGUAAACCCAGAGGUGCUGGGUUUGGAACAGGAUAUCAGGGCAACCCUGCAAGCUACACCACAGGGGAGGGCAGCGGAGGUGGCUGGUCAGGACCCCCUGGGCACAGUGAUGGCGCCAGCUCUGACCCCUGGUCAAUGGGAGGUCAGCAGGAAUACUGAACUGUUGUUGGCGUCUUGAGUUUUAAUUGUUCAUAGUUAUACCAAUUGUACAUUUCAUUUUGUUUUACUCACAUCGUUGUUCAUUUUAAAAAAUUUUAAAUAUUUAUACAUUUUUUAAAUUUAUUCCAAUUUUUGCAAACUAAAAAUAAUUUACCAAGAUUAUUGAGAGUUAUCUCCCUGCUAAUUGGGGUGAAUAAAGUAGUUUAAUAACAAAAUCGAGCACUGAUGAAGUUUCAAGUUAAAGGGUGAACUUGAUUAAGUCGCCCUCCACUUACUUUUAAUGCAGCUUGUUUAAAAUUGGUCAUUAAAAAGUUUCUAACUU